AAACAAAAUUACAAAUGGCAGAUCCGUUCCGCUUGUCGUUUCGUUCUUGUUUAUUUGUGUUGCAAAUUAAGUUUAUCUUUCGAUAUAAACUUAUUUCUUACAUUACUAACGUUGAGUUGAACAUCCCGUUCCUUCGUUUUAGUGUUUACAGUGAGAAAGAGACUCAAAAACAAGUGCUGUGCAUUGUGCUAAAGAGACAGAGACUCAAUUUUAUCUUUCAUCAUGAAAGAAAACGAAAGGAAAUGUUACAAGUGUGGAUGUUCUCCUGCUCAUGAUCGUAACAUCACCUUGCAUCGUUUUCCUAAGCCUGGGAGAACAAAUAGCGUACGAUGUGAAUUAUGGGCGAAGUACUGUUUUCCUCAUGAAUCUUGGUGGUCACCAGAAUUUCAAAACAAUCUUCAUUCUAGGCAUUUAAGGUGGCACAAGUCGCGGGCUCGAACUCGCUGGUGGGCGCGGCCAAAAAGCACGCUGUCUCACCUGGCAUCGUGCCCGACAGAGAUAGUAUCAGUGAUGAGCAUAUCGACACUAGUAUUCACGCAUGUCUUGUUCGUACGGUGUUCCGAACCGUUAGAAUGAAAACGAAGUUACACGAACACGAUGCAACAUCUAUACUAAUAAUAUAAUAAAGCAGAAGAGGGUUUUUGUUUGUUUAAACGUGCUAAUCUCUGGAACUACCAAUCAGAUUUGAAAAAUCUUUUUUUGGAUAUUAUAGCCAGAUUCAUGUUGAAUAAUAUAGGCUAUACAGCAUUAGGCUAUAUAUCUCAGCUAGCCUAUAUUUGUUAAGGAAGUCAGAAGAAAAAGCGCUGUUAUGGUUCGGGAUACGUAAAUACAAUGUUCUAGAAAAACAUAGAUCUUUACUCCGUCUAAAAAAAGUCCGCGAUAACAUAUGUCUAUUUCUUAUAUAUAAGCCACAAUUAGGCAUUUUGUGACAAAAAAAAAUGAAAAUUUAAUUAUUAGGCACCUUACGAACCAAAGUUACUUCAUUAUCAAGACAAUGUUAUGAAGAUAAACUUCGUUCUUUAUAUCAUGUUUAUAUAGUACAUAGUUUAAGAGAUAAUGUAAAAUUAAAAUAAUUCAAUACCUACUUGGCUUGACGCGCAAACAACGCAUAACCCCUAGCCCGGUGCGAACUGAGAAGCCAGUAUUGAAAGCUUCUAUGAGCGAGGUUAGGUUAGUCGUUAGUUCAAUCGUUAUCUAUAUCUACACAAAUAAAUAAAAUUGAAGUGUCUGUUUGUAAUGUCAAAAUAACAGCUUUUUACUAAUUGCGUAUGAAACUGUAUACGGUACUUAUAACAUUAACACAAUUUUUAACAUUUUUGUAUGUCUGUCAGUCUGUUUGUUGCGGUUAAUUUCCAAAACGGCUGGACCGACUUUGACGGAACUUUCACUAGUAGAUAGCUCAUGUUAUAAGAAGUAACUUAGCCUGCUUAAAUUUAAGAAAAAUUAUUAGGUGUCUUUGCAACAAAAUUAACGCCCUAAACUAAACGCGGACGAAGUCGCGGGGUACAGCUAGUAGCUAAAAUAAAUUCAAAAUUAAUUGAGUACUUUUAUCUAUCUCCCGGGUGAGCGUAGCAAUGAUUAGUUACAUCUUUAUUUCUGAACUCUUUCAUUUCACGUUGCUAUGGUAUUUUGAAAGUUUAAAUUUAAUUGAUUAAUAAGUAUAAGAGGUUGAUAGCAAAUUUAUCAAGAAUCAUUUCUUGCCUACACACUUUUCAUGUAUCGUGUACGUUUUUCUUUAAAACUGGAAAAAACCGCGCAUAAUAUGCCGACAGAUAAAAUAAAAGUACUCCAUUAAUCAUGACAAUUUUUCCAUACAUUACAAUAAAAUAAAAUAUUUGAUUGCAAUUAUAAAAUGCUUGAACUAGGUGUCAUGUCAUGCCACGCAUCUCGGACACGUGAUAACGCGGGUGAAACCGCGAAAUUAUUAGGUAUACCUCUGUGGCUCUAUAUACCUAAUAUAGAUUGCUUAUUUUAUUAUGUUUAGUUUUCCCCGAGUGGUCAUGCAGCAAUCACUCAAGAGUUUGGCUUCGAACGUGUGUAACUCGAUAAUUAUCCCACGGCAACGAAAUACCUGAAUAAACGGUAUCAUAUAUGAUAUUUGGCAGCUCCGUGGCGCAGUGGCUUAGCAAUGAAUUGUUGUACUGGGAGCCGCGGGUUCGAAUCAAUCGAACAAGUAUUUGUAUGGUCUACAAAUAAUUGUUCCGGGUCUGGAUAUUUGUAAACUGCCUCCACGAUACAGGAGAAAAUCCUAGUGUGGGGUAAUGUUUUUUUGAAAAAAGAAAUUCCAUAGCCAUCCAAUUCCAAUUCCAUAGUCAUAUAGCCUAUCUCUGAGCAAAAUAUCAUCCAGAUCCCUUCAGCCGUUCUGGCGUGAUUGAGUAACAUACAUCCAUUCAUCCGUCCAUCCAAAUAUCCAAACUUUCGCAUUUAUAAUAUUUAGAUAAUAAUCGUAAUUGGUCUGCCUACCUAUAAAUUGUUUUCAAAAAUACUUACUUACCUGGCUUUUUUUAUAAUAUAUACUCAAUAUCACUAAACGUAAGCACAGGUUUUUAUCAAGACAAGUGACCCAUCAAGAUUGUUUUCUUAGUACUGACGUACCUACCUAAAGUUUAUAAUUUUGUGGCCACGACGCGGCGAGGUUUUGUGACAUUUUGUUGUACUGUAGAUUGUAGGUAUCUAGGUAAUAACAGUAGGUACCUAUGAAAAUCCCACAUAAUAUACUUUGUUUGUCCGCCGCAAAAGUCGUCUAAUAAAUAAUUAAACUGUUUUGUAAUUCUUUAUUUAUUUAUAACACUUGCAUUGAGAGCCGUGGUAGCUCAGAUGGUUAGCGCUCGGUGUAAGUAUCACAUUACGCGAGCAACCCGGGUUCGAUACCCGUCGGCACCAAUGAAAUUGUUGCAAUUUUAUAUAGUAAUCGAAUAUAGACUUUACUUUUUUUACUUUUAUAAUUAUGUUAUAUUACAGACGAAAAUUUUAAAAUAUUGUCUGUCGUCCAAAACGCAUCAUCUCUUUCAAUUAUACUCGUAUCAAUUUCCAUGCCGUCUUUUGUUUUUGGCGUCCAAAUUACAAAAUAGCAAAACUUUUCGUUUCGAAUAAAACUCGAAUGCGCAGGUCACCGCCUGUGCAUGUGUGUGUAAGCAUCGUCCUCCCGCACCGCACCGGGGGAGACAUUAUUCAGUGAGAUGCACGAUAAUUCAUAGUAACAUGCGCGCGUAAAAAAAUACGAAAAGGCCUUUGGAAGAAGGGGUUUUAUGAAAAAACCACUGCAUUAAUCAAUUACAAAUAAAAUUUAUUGAGUUCUUCGAUAAUUGAGUUGUGUCGGUACCGACUUUGUUUUGGAAAUUUUUCACUUCUUUUAUUACUAAUUUACGCCCAAAGUUGUGUUAAAAUUGGCAAUAAAAACGAAUCUUUGGUAGCUCGUAACUUUUUAAUAACAUUUUAUUUUACUAUUCUGUUUCCGUACAGACAAAUUUAAUAAUGAGACAAAACGAUAUCAUGUUUAAUUUUGGAUGUACACUGUCAAACAGCGGAGUAAAACCCCUCCGAAAUUUCUAUGGAAAUAAUGUCGACUAGUGUCACCUUAAUGUUGUGUACUAAACAUUUUAAGAAAUCAUCAUUCAUUGAUAAUUUUGGAAAGAGGCUAGUCAAAUCUGCAGUACCUGAUGAGGAAUGUGAUAAGAUCACAUUAGCUGACCUUAAUUUGGAACAAAGGAAUGUCAUUCAACAUAUUGCAGGUCCAUCAACUAAUAAACAACCACUGUCUGAAAAUAUUCAGAAGACCAUAACUGUUCCAAAUGUAUUUGAGCCUGUUGCGGGUCCGUCAAAAUUUAUACAACCCUUGUGUGAGAAUGUAAAUUAUAAAACCAUUCCUGACAAAACUAGUGAUAUUCCUCAAGUAACUGAGAAUAUCAACCCUGUUGCUGCUGCAAAUCCAUCCACGAAAAACAAAAAGGAUAAAGAUAUGUUGAUAAAAAUGAAAUAUCAUCUGAGAAAAACUAACAGGCUUCAAAAAACUGUAAAGCAUCUAAAGAAUAAAGCAUUUCUCAAAGUAUUGAGCAAAAAUGAUUCUGUAAAUGAAAUAUUAAAAUGUAAAAUAUCCCCCUCUUUUGCAUUAUUUUUGCAAGGAGAAUUGCAAAACAAUAAAAAAAAAUCAAAAGGUCGAAGAUGGAACAUGGACUCCAAAAUAAUAGCACUAAGACUGUAUAAAAGGUCACCUAGGUGUUACAAAUUAUUAAGAAGGAUGAUUUGCCUGCCAACACCUAGUUCAUUAAAAGCGUUAUUAAGCAAGUUUCACAUGAAAGUUGGUAUUAAUGACCAAAUAUUUAAUGUUUUG